UCCGCUCCUGCUGCUGCUGCUGAGGCCGAGACAUGAAUGCGAUGAAUGUGGGGCUCACUUCAAAGCAGAAAGCGCGAGGGCAGCGAAAGGGGUGUUGUAAUGUCGUCAGCGAAGGAAAAACGCAGCGAGCGCGAGCCGUUUUUAGAUGGCCGCUUUUUUUCUUUUUCCCGUGCGUAAGUGGGAUGAUUUGAUAUAUUGGCGUUUGUAGUGGUUAAAGAUGGCUGUGACAACGUGUUCUCACUAGUUGAGUCGGAUCCGCAGGACAAGCUCGGUGCAAACAUCGGCUAGGGCACUCAAAGAUGGUGAAAGUGUUUCUGGCCGUCUGUGCUCACUUGUUUGGGAAGGUCUCGCGCCGCACGUACUUCCUCUCCUCGCGCGUCGCGUUCUUUGAUGCGGUUGAUGUUCGCUCUAUUUAUGUUUCUAACUUAUCGCGGCGUUUUGUUUUGUAGCUAGUUAGUAGCCUCCUCGGGUUAACCCCCCUGUGGUGUUUUGUUUUUAAGUAACAGCGUCAGUGCGCGUGAAGUAUUUGUGAAUUGGCGUCUUGUGCUGGAUUAGCCUGCUAGCUCAUCGCCAUUGAAGUUCAAGUUAUUGACUGGGAGAGCUCAAGGUUUCUUUCUGCCUUAGCUCGCUUAUCAAGAACAUCAGACGAAGUCUAGUUGGCAGGCGGUCAGUCACAGGUUCUAAGGUCGGAACUUGAAAGUGUUGGGUUUAUGGUUGGUGUCGUAAACCGUGUCACAGGAGGAAUUCUUUCGCAGUGGCAUUGAUAGAAGUCUGGAUAUAAACUUUCUGCCUUGUGGGCUAUACUGGGACAGGGUGCAGGGACACUGUCAGCAUGAGUGUAAACGAGAUGGCCUGUUAUCCGCCAGAUGUGGGCAGCAGCUUCACUGAGGAUGCCCCCAGACCCCCGGUCCCCGGGGAGGAGGGCGAUCUGGUGUCCAGCGAUGGACGGCAAUACGGCCACAGCUUUUACUCAUCUAAGAGUGAGAGCCUCAAGAACGAGACCUCCAUAGCUACGCCCAGAAGACCCGACCUGGACCUGGGCUACGAGCCCGAGGGUAGUGCUUCCCCGACGCCACCCUACCUGAAGUGGGCAGAGUCCUUGCACUCGCUCUUAGACGACCAAGAUGGCAUCCACUUGUUCAGGACUUUCCUCAAACAGGAGGAGUGCGCCGACUUGCUGGACUUCUGGUUCGCCUGCAGCGGCUUCCGCAAGCAGGAGGCCAACGAAGGCAACGAGAAGAUGCUGAAGCUCGCCAAAGCCAUUUACAAAAAGUACAUCUUGGAUAACAACGGCAUCGUGUCCCGGCAGAUCAAGCCGGCCACCAAGAGCUUCAUCAAGGACUGUGUGAUGAAGCUUCACAUCGAUGCCGCCAUGUUCGACCAGGCGCAAACCGAAAUUCAGACUAUGAUGGAAGAAAAUACCUACCCUUUGUUUUUAAAGUCCGACAUAUACUUGGAAUACACCAGGACGGGCGGAGAGAGUCCCAAACUGUUCAGCGACCAGAGCUCGGUGUCAGGCAACGGCAAAGCCCUGCCGGGCUACCUGCCAACUCUGAACGAAGACGAGGAAUGGCGGUGCGACCGGGAACAGGGGCAGAACCACGAAAGCGACCCCACUCCCAGCAACAGGCUGACCCAGAAGCUGCUCAUGGAAACUGUGCCUCAGCGGGUGGCCAGCAGUAAGAGAUAUCAGGACAACCGUGAGUACAGACACGCGUCAUGGAGGGAGCCCAUCAACCCGUACUACGUGAACACUGGCUACGCGCUGGCGCCCGCCACCAGUGCCAACGACAGCGAGCAGCAGAGCAUGUCCAGCGACGCAGACACUCUCUCCCUGACCGACAGCAGUGUAGAUGGAGUCCCACCUUAUAGAUAUCGUAAGCCGCAUCGACAUGAGAUCCACGAAAGUGCCAAAGUUAAUGGGCGAGUGCCACUACCUCAUAUUCCCCGCACAAACCGGAUGCCAAAGGAUAUUCACGUUGAGCCGGAGAAGUUUGCGGCGGAGCUCAUCAGCAGGCUGGAGGGGGUGCUGAGGGAACGUGAGGCGCAAGAAAAACUGGAAGAGCGGCUCAAGAGAGUUCGGCUGGAAGAGGAAGGUGACGAUGCAGACAUCUCCACUGCUCCCUCCCUGGCCAAUCACAGGAUUCCUCCAGCGGUCCACGUGCAGCAUUAUGGCGGCCGCUACUCUGAAAUGAGCUACAACGGGCUGCAGCUACGGGACGCACACGAGGAAAACCCCGAGAGCAUCCUGGACGAGCAUGUGCAGCGUGUCAUGAAAACCCCCGGCUGUCAAUCUCCGGGCACGGGGCGCCACUCUCCGAAGUCCCGCUCCCCUGACGGGCUUCCUGCGGGCAAGAUUCCCGGGAUGAUGAUGAUGCCGCUGUCCGGUGGCCAAGGCAAGCACCAGGCUCGGCUGGGCCCGAAGGGGGAAGCAGCGCACCUGCACCAUCACAAACACAUCCACCACACACACUAUGCCGCGGGGGGGAAACCCAAAGAGCAGGUGGAUGCGGAAGCUAUGAGGAUGCAUGGGGGACUGGCCUGGAAUAUGGAGCAACACCACUUUGGAUCCAAGUCACGCAACUUUGCAGAUGGGAUGAGCGUCGGCCCCAGUGCCAUGGACCCCAUGGGUUACGGCAGUAAAGGAAGCACACUGUCAAAGCGACCAGUCAGAAAAGGAGAGGAUGGUCGAAACUUUGAGAUGCGAGAGCCCUUGCCCCUUGAUGAUAUGGAGAGGAACCAGAAGAUCUUGCAGUGGAUGAUGGAGGGCGAGAAGGAAGCUGGCCGCUCUAAGAGGAGCCCUUACGGGAGCAUCUCUGGCUCCAAGAAGGCUCAGAGUCACGAGGUGUCGAGGCCCAGCUCGGUGGAGCGGCCGGGGGCUGUGCACCCUUGGGUCACCGCUCAGCUCCGCAACAAUGUGCAGCCCUCCCAUCCCUUCAUCCAGGAUCCAACCAUGCCCCCCAACCCAGCCCCCAACCCCCUCACCCAGCUGGAAGAGGCACGCAGGCGGCUUGAGGAGGAGAGGAGGAAGUCUGGAGCAUUGCAGGCUAAGCCGAGGCAUAAGAAUAUGAAGAAGCAGCCUUGUGAGAACAUCACCGUGGCCUAUUACUUCUGUGGAGAGCCCAUCCCGUACAGGACGUCUGUCAAAGGAAGGAUCGUCACGCUGGGACAGUUCAAGGAACUGCUUACUAAGAAAGGGAGCUACAGGUAUUAUUUCAAGAAAGUGAGCGAUGAGUUUGACUGCGGAGUGGUGUUCGAGGAGGUUCGCGAAGACGAUGCCAUCCUGCCCAUCUUCGAGGAGAAGAUCAUCGGAAAAGUUGAGAAGAUCGACUGAGGCCGGGGAGGGAGGGACCGGGGCUGCAGAGGCGCAGCAGGAUAUGGAGAAAAGGAGGACGCGGCGAGCAGGUGCUGAGAUUGGUACAGCGAAUGUGGAUGUGCUGGAGAGCGAGAGGUGCAGAGCAGGAACGGAAAGUACACUAUUUACUCCGAGGCGUCUACCUCCGCACAACGGCUUUUAAAGUCACACAGCUGCUCAGUGCGCUCAAGAUCACUGCGUUGUGCACGGAGAGCCCUCGGACUCACAGAGACGAAAGCGUGAGGCAGCAUUCUCUCACUUUUGCUAUAUUUCUAACCCUGAAAAAUGUAAUGUAGCAAUGUAAAGUUAGCUUAGAGAAAAGUACUAUGAAUAUGUUUACUAAAGCUGCAUAUUUUUGAUAUGACGUAUCAGAAGGAACAUAUCCUUUCUAAUUUAACAACUCUUGUAAUUUUAUAUGUACUGGUACCAGAUGUGUACAGACUGUAUGUUUAAAAGGAAAAAGAGAAAGUUUUAUAUCUAUUUAAAUAUUUAAAAAAAAAAACGGAAAAAAGAAAAAAAAAGCGGAAUCGGUUCACCCAUAUCAAAGCUGCGGCAUCAACCUGACCCAAAAUAUAGUGGGCUUUCACAAAGCUGCGGUUAUGGAGAAAUUGCAACCCGCGCUUUACCAAGUGCUUUUAACUCAUAAAACUGGUUUGUUAAAUGCGUUAUGCAUUGAUGUCAGAGGAGUACCGCUUUGAGCAGAUGUCCUGUAUGACGAUGCCUUCACAUUGCUCUCUGUCCUUCGCUGAUGUCAUGACAUACAUGAUAAUAACACAGCAUGAUUUCAGAGCAAAGGAUAUAGCACUGUCAAAUGA